AACGUUCCUCUUGGGCCCACACACUGCACAGAACGAGGAGGAUGUUCAGACGAGGCGAUGGACGUCGCUGCAAACCAAAGAGUUCACUUAUCUCCACACGAUGCUGGCUGUCAUGAUCCUGUACUGUGACGUCUCCAAGUUCAGAACAAUCGAUCAAGCGGAUUAUCCACCGAGGCAGCGGACAUUGAUCAUCCCCACCAGUAAGCCGCUAGCCAUGCCCAGCGACAUGCAGCAGAUCCUCUUCGCCACGGAAGGCAUCAAGUACAUCCGGGAGGUCAUACUGAUGUUCCGUGAAGUACCCAAUGCAACCACUGCACUGCUCGACAUGCUGCUGCAUUGCUGCUACUGCAACGACACGUUCACCUUGUCCGUCAUGAUGAUGAUCCACGGUCAGGUGUCCUCGGCGCCCACCAAUGAGCUGAAGCACAUCUUGAUUCUCCUCCUGGAGCUGUUGAUGAUGGAGGACCCCCUGCAGGGCAAGCGCCUCAAGCUAGCUGUGGAAGGCAACAACAACAAUGGCCUCUUGGAGAUCAUCCGUAAAUGUACGUCCAUGGACAGCCGUCGGUCCUACCAGUGCAUCAAAUUCCUGGUCCAUCUGUCCAACAAAUGCUCCAUGGCCAAAGAGUAUCUGAUGACCAUCUCGGUCCGGUGGCAGUGGGCAGUCAACUGGCUCAAGAAAAAGAUGAGUGAGCACUACUGGACGCCUCAGAACGUCUCCAACGAAUCCAGCACAGGCCGGUCCUUCCAACGCACCAUGAGCGCUCAGGACACGCUGGCCGAAGCCACCGCGCUGUUGGACGAGCUCAACACGCGUGACGACGACGGUGAACACAUCGAAAAUGACGAAGAGGAGGAGUACGUCGAGGGGGACUCCAACACCAAGAUGGAGGUCAACGGGUCGUCAGAGGGGUCAGAGGUCAACGGGAAUGAAGACAGCUCCGAGUCUUCCAAGACGUUGGUUCAGGACGACGUAGGCGACUUGGACGACAUUGAUACAUAACAACGUUUUUCUUUUUCUGUUUCAGAAUUUGUAGCCAAUAGAAGAUAUGGUUCCUUACUCCUGGGGUCAUAAGUCAGAGGUCAUCACAGGUCAGGUUGUAGGAAACCAAGGGCCAGGUUGCACCUUUUUUUUUUGCUGACACAUUGUUUUUUAACCAAUCACAUCACGCACCCUAACAUGAAUAUUUAUCACGCUGUGUGGAUGGAAGACACUUAGGAUUUGUAGUGUUUUCCUUGCAAUUAACUUAUGCCAACCAACAAAAAUAUUUCAUAAAAUUGGACAAGGGUUCAAACCACAGAUCUUGCAAUCCAUGGUUCAUUCCACUAUCCACUAGGCCACUGUGGCAGCUCGACGAAAGCUGUUCUUUGAUGCAUGACUGAGUGUGAUAGCAAUGAUUUGACGUCAUUGUUAUUUUCUUAUGAAUAAACAUCGACUAGCUGAAUAAUGACGAUCCAUUGACGAUGUGUGCUGCAGAUAAAAACACCGCGGCCAGGUUCACGAAAUUGCUAACCUGAGCCUGAGGCCUGAUUUCGUGGACCUACUUGGCAGACAUUAUAGCUGUAUCAAGUUACAUAAACAGUCUCAGCCAGUCAAUCCUGCUUUAUGUUGGCUGGGAGCUCUUAGCUGUUGAAAACAGUCACUUGAUUGAUUUUGACUGAAAUGACAACUUGGCACAGAAUGUCUGUUUGCACAGGGUGUUAAGCAGACAAUGAAUGCUUAAUAGCAAUAUUUUUUGCCCAAGCAAGUCAGAAGUUAUAAUAAUUUGCAUGCUUUGUACCUUGAGAAACCUGUUUUUGCUGAGCAGGUAUUUUCCGUGCUUACCAGAUUUCUGUUGGCCACUGUUUCCAUUCAAUCAUUCACUCUGUUCACUGUAAGCCAUAAUUUUGUGAGUUGCACAAAUUCUUCUAUUUUCUUAGCAAAUGAAGGACAAUGUUUGUGGGUUUUUUUUAACUUUGGACUUGAAUGUAGUUUGUAGAAGCAAUAAUUUUAUACGGACAAAAUUGGUAGCAUGGUAUGUGUGUCGUUUUACCGUAAAGUCUCACAGCCAGUUUAGCAAGGGAUGCAAAAGUGACAAAAAUUUAUAGAAACCUGAAUUUAAACUUUAUGUCACACUGAUACUUUUUAUUGGAUGUUUUGCAUAGUAACUUUGUCGAUUUCUAACUGUUACCGUGCACUCCCUGGUCCUACAAAUUCUAUCAGAAUUUUUUUGAAGGAUUUUAUAGGAUUUAGGAAAGUUGGGCCUAGCUAAUUUUUUUUUUGGCACAGGGGUUGAUGCACCUAUGAAGUUUCAAGAAUGACCAUUUGUUUUGUGCACUGUGUUUGAUUUUGUAGGAUUCAGGAAUUUUCUAUCAAAAGUGCUGCGGGAAUUAUGGUGAAUUUCUUUUUUUCUGUUUAUUGAUCACCCCACGUGAUUAAAUCAAGUUGCCAAAUAGUUCAUGCAUUGAAAUAACUUUAGAUCAAAUAACUCUACAAAGAUUUUUGAAUCUGAAAUCUAUGCAUAGAGUAAAUUCUUCGCUGUAAAAAUACUGAAUUUUGGCAUUUUCGAGCAAACUUGAAUCCUCGAUCCUGAUUGGCUGAUUCAUGACAACAACAUUAUCCAUAUCGCAGUCUGGGUAUCGCACUAUUCUUAGAUGCGCACUGUACCUACUGCCCUCACAUGUUAUAGGAUUACCGCUGAAAAGUUCAUGCACAGAAUUCGUGUUCCAUCCUUACUGUGCAUCAAGUUGGCCUGAAGAUAAAUUCGUUAUCGGCUCGCGCUCAUGGAAAAUGGAAAAUUUGGUGCGUCUGUGUCCCACAUACCACUUGGCCUUCAGCUCGUGGCAUUUGGUACUAAGACACACUACUUUGUUCUGUGGUGCACUCACGCUCGUGGGAUAAAGGGCUAUAUAUGACAUAAAUCUUGUCAUCAUUAUAGCCUGCUGUAAAUAGUUUUUGAAAACAACGACAACAACAAAACGGGUUGUACUUUAAAUUUUCACACAGCAUGAGUACUCUAGCAACUUUUCAAAACUGCCUCAGCUAAAAGAGAAUUUGAUAGUAUUUUUGGAUCUAGAUUUGAAACUAGCUGCGACUGGUUUCAACCAGAUAGAUUACAUGUAUAUCAUUAACCUUUGGCCCAGAUGUGUUUCAUGAGAACCAAUCAGAUUGUACCAGGAAUUGCAUCAUGAAUAUUUGUAAAAAGGAAAGCAUCCAAUACCAGGGGACUACCUUCACUCUUUCAUCCAAUCGCAACUGCAUGUGGUGUCGCCAUGGCAAUACCUAAUUAAUAUGCAUUUUCGGUAUCUUCCAUGUAGAUAGUUUGGUAGCGGUGUGUUUUAAGUAAAUAUGAAUAACUAAUAUAAGUUAUAGUUACACACACACCAAUGCAAGUUAUUUUUCAAGUAGCAUUAAAUGAAAUUUGAAUUUUCAUUUUUUUUUUUUGGGGGGGGAUGUUUUGCUCGAUACAUUAACUGUUGAAGAUCCCUUUCUGUGUAAAUUUAAUAACAUCUUCAUCACUGUAGAUAUCACGCCUCACUAUUUCAUAUGUAAAUACUUUGUACAUAAGAAAAAUACAACUUAGGUUUUUGUUAAAAAUACAAAUGUCAAUUUUUCAUUUUAAAAAGAGAUAAAGAGACCAAUGAGAUAAGUUGGGAAAAACAUUAUUCUUGUUGUUCAGUUGUAAUGUGGAAUUUUUCCAAUUGAGAAGAUGAAACCACCUGGCCAAUGUUAAGGUCAGAUGGACAUUUAUGUAGGGUGCUGAUUUCUUGCACACUUUAACAUAAUUAACAUCUGCACAAUUUUCUGUUGUUUUCCAAUUUUGUUUCAAGAGUUAUGAGGUUUACUUUUUCAAUUGGUUCAGUAAUUCCAUUUUUUUUUAACAUGUUGUCAAAUUCCAUAGGAAAUAUCUGAAAUUAUAUUUAAUUUGGAGUUCAUAGGAUGUGGUGCUUUAAUGCUUGUAGCAUAAGUUGAAAAGUUGCAUUUUUGUUCGUCUGUUGAAUUGUUUGUAAUGUUAACUGUGCUUUAAAUACUGACGUGACAUUACAAACUACGCUUUUUAUGCUACAGAAAAGUAGACCUUGCAGCAAAGGUUUCCACCUGAAUUAUUUUCAUUUUCUGCAGUCAGUGAAGGAACCUUGAUAAGCAGAAAAACUUAAGCCUUUGUUAGUUUUAAUUUUGUAUAGGUUAUGUGUGCAAUGAGCAGAUUAUUCCAAAAUUGCACCCGCCAGACACGAACACUUGAUAUAUCUGUUCAAAGAUCAUAUAGUACACAAUGUUUUAUUUCCGUUAAUAUUGAGGUAAUUUAUUUUGUAUCCAAGGAGUUAAACCAUAUUAUUAUUAUUUUUAUCAGGCUUCCAGUGAUAAAAAAUAAAUCACUGUAUUGUAUGCUGUCAUGAAAAGUUCACAGACGACUGCAAUAUUAUGUCAGUCAAAGUACCCAGAUGAGGACAAUAUUAUUUUUUGAUAUUUUCCUAGUCCGGGCAUUUUAACAAUUUCUGCUGGUUCCCACACAAUCAAGAGCGUAGAACCUCACAGUUGUCAACCAGUCAACAGAGCGUAGCGCGGUACCAUCGUACGCGGGCACGGACGCAGCGCGCAUCAUGAUAUACGCGCACUGUUGUCAACAGCAACAAUGGCAGCUUCGAGCAGCGCAAAAUUUGCUUCGGUAAGCAAAGAAUAUUCGGUGAAGUUUCAGAAAUAAAGAGAGUGUCCAUUUCUUGCUGAUUAAGUCUGCCUGAUAUAAAUAAUAAUGAUAGUAUUGGAUGGCUUUUUUCCCCGGGGAUACAAGAAUAUAUUGCACUAGCUAUAACAAUAGUGCCCUCAUCAUAGCUCAUGCAAUAUAUUCUUAUAUCCCUCUCAAAGCCAUCCAAUAUUAUAUAUCUAUCUUUAGGGGGGAUUGAUAUGCAAAGUUCCGUCAUGAAAUAAAACACAAACACACAAACAAAAAACGAAUCUCAGUCAAAGGAUUUCUUGAUAACCAGAAAAAAAAAAAUUAGCAUAAAAGGCACAAGAAAAAAAUGUCUGCCUUAAUGCAAAAUACUGUACAUAUUUAGAGACCUUAAAAAGUUUAAAACCAUCGGGUGAAAAUCUACUUUGAUGCACUAAAAUCGUAGGAAUAAAAAAAGUUGCAUUUUUAAGUAAUGUAGUACUGUUUGAUACAAUGCAAGACAUGGUUAGUAGAUCAGACAGUAUACUUAGUGUAUUGUAUAGGUAUAUGAAAUACUGGUUCAAAUCUGGUUUGAACCAGUUCAAACCAGUCUCUACUAGUUUAAACUGGCUCUUAUUAAAGAUGCAUAUGCAUACACACAUUUGAGCGUACGGUUUCUGCAGAGUUUACACUGAAGGGCUGGUCAGUGACAUUAAUGUACAUGUGUGUACAUAUAUGUAAAUAUAUUUUAAAUAUUGAUUACAAAUUCCUGGUAUUUUAAAUAAAAAUUUUCUUUCAUGAUCAACUUCGUGAGACAGAGAAGUGCAAGAUUUGAAUAAAAAAUUCUCAAUUUUACCCAGUUGUA